AUGUCCACAAUCGCGCCCGAUUCGCUGCGCUCGUCGAAGCCGCCCAUCAUCCCCCUCCCCUUCGAAGCGAACCAACCCCAGACCAUCCGACUCUAUCCACUGUCCAACUACACGUUCGGCGUCAAGGAAACCCAGCCUGAAGAGGACCCAAGUGUCGUCGCUCGACUCCGACGCCUCGAGGAGCACUACAACCAACAUGGCAUGCGACGCACCUGCGAGGGCAUUCUCGUCUGCCACGAGCACAAUCAUCCCCACAUCCUGAUGCUGCAGAUAGCCAAUGCGUUCUUCAAGCUUCCGGGGGACUACCUCCGGCCAGAGGAUGACGAGAUCGAGGGCUUCAAGGCUAGGCUCGACGAGCGCUUGGCCCCUGUCGGCAGCCUGGGAGACGGCCAGACGGCUGGUGAUUGGCACAUCGGCGACAGCCUCGCCCAGUGGUGGCGCCCCAACUUCGAGACCUUCAUGUACCCCUUCGUCCCUGCCCAUGUCACUCGGCCCAAGGAGUGCAAGAAGCUCUACUUCAUCCAGCUCCCAGAGACCAAGGUUCUGAGCGUUCCCAAGAAUAUGAAACUCUUGGCCGUUCCGCUCUUUGAACUCUACGACAACACGGCCCGUUACGGACCCCAGCUUUCCGCCAUACCCCACCUGCUCAGCCGCUAUAACUUCGAGUUCGUCGACGAGAACGGCAAGGUCGUGGCUCAGACUCCUGGUGGCAGAGCACCGGAUGGUUACGUUCCAAAGACCCGAGUUCUGGCUGGUGACGACAUCAACAUGAAAGAGGAAGACGCCCCCGAGUAG